AGCCUUCGCUUACCGACGACCUCCUUAGACCCUUCUGACGUUGGCUCGGAAGAUGAAAAUUGCACGAGCUCGUCUAGUGAAGAGGAGGAAACUUGGAGUGAUUGGGUUUCGGAUUCAAUGAACAAACAGCCCUGCCAAUCCCUGUUUGAAGAGAAGACGCUGCCCGCAGUGUCAGAAGCGUUGGCAUACGACAGGAAAGAACAUGGAUUUGAUCUGCCCACUGUGUGCUCGAAGCUUUCACUCGAUUUCCACGCGCGUAUCAGACUCAUCAAUUAUAUUCGCAAAGAAAAACCCAUGGCGGCAAGUCUACAAGGUCUAAACGGAAAAGAAUCUUUCUUUUCAUCAGACGACUACCUGCUCCCCGCCUUGGAAGAUGACCCCCUGCUUCUGAACCCGUCCGAUGACUGGUCGGAUAGUGAUGAUGAGACUCCUGCAUCAAGCGAUCAGACCAGCCUCCAAAAGCAGAUCAAAACCUUACAGCGGAAGCUGCAGCAGUCCAAGGAGGACUUGGCAGAGUAUCAAGCGUUGAUCAGUCAACGCCUUGAUCUCAGCGGUCUCAAGGAAGAUACAGGUGAUAAUAUUGCAGGGCCUAGUGUGCGCGACGAUGAUACACAUUACUUCCAAAGCUAUGAGGAAAAUGAUAUUCAUGCUGUGAUGAUUCAGGACACUGUCCGCACAUCAUCUUACGCAUCAUUCAUUCUCACGAACCCAGCACUCUUCACAGACGCUGUUGUGCUAGAUGUCGGGUGCGGGACUGGCAUCCUCUCACUGUUUGCUGCACGAGCUGGCGCGAGACGCGUUAUUGCUGUCGACGCCAGCGACAUUGCCGAAAAGGCAGCACAGAUCGUGAAAGCGAAUAAUCUCGAUCACGUUAUCACAGUCAUACAUGGCAAGGUGGAAAGUAUCACUCUCCCCGAUGACAUCGAGAAAGUGGAUAUCAUCAUCUCUGAAUGGAUGGGCUACGCGCUUUUGUAUGAGUCCAUGUUGGACUCGGUCCUUCAUGCAAGAGACCUCUUCUUGAAGCCUGACGGUGUCAUGGCGCCUAGUCAAUGCAAAAUAAUGCUUGGUCUUUGCGAGGCGGGUGAGAUUUUCAAGGAGAGAAUAGGGUUUUGGAAUGACAUCUAUGGGUUUGAUCUGUCGGCGAUGGGGCAAGAAGUGUAUGAUGAUGCCGUUGUCGACAUCGUAGGCCCAGAUACAAUGCUUAGUGAAGCUUUUCCCAUCAAGGACUUGUAUCUCCGCGAGAUCACAGCCCGUCAACUAGAUUUCACAGCUCCCUUCACCCUUGUCUCGACUGCUGAACGGCGGACGAAAGUCCACGCGCUUGUGCUCUACUUCGACACAUUCUUCCAUCCUAGCGGUGAGACUAUACCACAAGGGACGGAAGUGCAGAUCACAAAAGACGGUGGAGGACAUCUGGCGGAGGUUUGGCCCAUCGGCGGUAAACAACACGUCCCUAGACGAGCAAGCCAGAGCGUCAAGGCACGCAUCACCAGUUUUAGCACAGGCCCAAAGAGUGUGCCUACCCACUGGAAGCACACCAUCUUCCUGCUGCGGGAUCCGAUACAAGUCGAGGAAGGGACCAUCGUAUCUGGGACAUUCCAUUGUCGGAAGAGUGACCAUAACUCGCGGGAACUCGACAUCGAAAUUCAUUACACUGUGAAGAGCGGUACAGAUGCAGAGGUACCGAGCGAGGCGGUUGUACAAAUGUUCAAGGUGCGGUAACACGCUGUCUCCCGAUAUGUAUCAAGUACUCGCAUAUGUACAUUCUGGCACACCAAAAGAUGAAUUGUAGCGUUGCUUCACGAACCAC